AUGAAGUUCACCAUCCUUACCUCCGCCCUCUUCCUCGCCAGCGCCGCCCUGGCCAACCCCGAACCCGUUGACGUGAACUCGAUCGUCUCCGCAGCCGAGGGAGCAGUCUCUACCGCUGUCGCCGGCGGCCAGUCAGUUGCCUCUGACGUCGCUGCCGAAGCCACCUCCCUUGCCAACGCCGCCUCUACCGGCGGCGCUGCUGCCGUUAGCUCCAUCACUAGCGAAGCUGGCUCCAUUGCCUCCGCCGCUGCGAGUGCCGGCUCCUCCGCUGCCUCUGCCGCCGAGAGUGCUGGCUCCUCCAUUGCCUCCGCCGCCGAGAGUGCCGGCUCCGCAGCUGCUAGCCGUGCUUCCACCUUCGUGAGCCAGUUCACUACCACCAACUCCAACGGCCAGACUACCACCGUCGCCUCCACAAUUACUACUGCUCCUUCCACUACUACCGGCACUGGUACCUCCACCAGCGCUACUUCUACUAGCACUGCUGGUGCUAUGGCUCGCCCAGAGGCUAUGGGUGCUGCCUUCGCCGGUGUUGCCGGUAUGCUCGGUGUUAUGGUUGCCCUGUAA